CUGGAGAUGAUCGGAGCCACGCAGGGCCAGAUGACGGUGCUGAGGUUGAUCGAGCUCCUGGAGAGGGGAAGGAGGCUCCCGGUGCCGGGGGAUUGUCCCAGUGAGAUUUACCGGCUGAUGAAGAACUGCUGGGAGGCCGAGGCCUCGUUCCGCCCGGCCUUUCCCAACCUCAUCCCAAUCCUGAAGAAUUUCCAGGAAAAGUAUCGGAGCCAGGCCCCUUCCGUCUUCAGCCUCUGCUGAGGGAGCGGGAAAAUCCCAAAAAAUCCCAUGGAAUGAGAGGAAAUCCCCAAAGAUUUCAUGGAAUGAGAGGAAAUCCCAAAAAAAUCCCAUGGAAUGAGAGGAAAUCCCAAAAAAUCCCAUGGAAUGAGAGGAAAUCCCCAAAGAUUUCACGGAAUGAGGGGGAAAUCCCAAAAAAUUUGACGAAAUUGGGGGUGAAAUUCCCAAAAAUUUCAUUAAAUUGGGGGGGGGAAAU